GCGGAAAUCUGCCUGAAAAUAAUAGAGUAUCAUGACAAGUACUUGUAAAAGAAAAGAGGGAAGGGAAAUAACAGGGCAACAUGUAUAGGAGAAAGGAUUCGACAUUGACAGAUGAUGCUGAUCGUAACGUAUCUUUGACAAAAGGAUACUAUGAUGCAAGAAAUUAUCUCAAAUCUAAUGUCCCCUUACCGCAUACAGUCACUGUUUUAGCAUGGGAUGACAUUGAAUGGUUUGAAUCUUACAGAAGAGCUAAUUUGGCACAUCCAGAACCCAAUGUUCUGUUUUUUCAAGUUGGUAAUGAUGAUAUCGAUAAUAGUUAUUGGGAGUCAGAUACUUGGGUUCCAUUACCUAGACCAUCUUAUAUGGUGAACAGCAGUGCUCCAGGUACAGAUGCAACAGCGCUCACAGCAGCAGCUCUCUCGCCUGCUUCUUAUCUCUUCAAGGACCAAAUAAAUGACACAGAAUAUGCCAAUCUACUAUUAUCUCAUGCAGUCAGUCUAUUCAACUUUGCAGAAAUGGCAAGACCAUGGACACCUUAUUCACAAUCUGUACCUGCUGCUGUUGGAAACAAUACGUAUUUAGAAAAAGCCAAUGGAUAUUAUUAUUUGUUUUCAAAAGACCCUUUUUAUGGUAUUUCUGAUUGGAGUGACCAUACAGGAGUUGCUUUAAUAUUAGGAGCUACAUUAGAUCAAGUCAAUGUCUGUAACUAUACUUAUGGUGACUUGUUUUACUCUCAGAUGAACCAUGCCUAUCCUAAUUUGAGCUUAAACUAUACAGACUUUAUUCAAAAUCAAAUGAGCUACAUUUUAGAAGCAAAUCAAAUGCACGCACCCUACGAGUCAGCUUACAUGCUGCAUGGUGCUGCUGUUGGAGGACCUGAUUACUAUGACAACUUUUAUGAUAUCCGUAGUGACUAUAAACAAACAGAAGUCGCUCUAGACUACAAUGCACCUUUUCAAAGUCUCAUUGCCUAUCAAAUCUCAAUAAAUGCUAUAGAUCCAUCUUAUGUUAAUACCACUCAAGACAGGCCUGAUAUCUUAUCAAAAGAACCAGCAUUGAAAGGAUGGGAAGUCGUCAUCAUUGUUGUUGUUAUUGUCGUCGUUUUGGUAGCACUUGCUAUAGGCUUUUGGUGGUACAAAAAGAAAAAGAGGUCGAAAGAAAUGGUUUAAAACUAUUCAUUCCUCGGUAUACAAUGUCAAAACAAAAUUUCGUUUGGGUAGUGUUCCGAGGAAACAAAGACAUGCUUACGAAAUAAAUCCCGU